AUGGUGUUUAAUUUCGGGAACAAUGAUUUUGAAACGAAUUAUUUGGAAAUUAAACCACUGGUUGAUUUAGGUUCACAAACUCGAAUCCUACCAGACGGUUCGAGAGUGGCAGCUUUUCUGGAAGGGGAUCAGCUGAAGGAGUGCUGCUUCGAUGAUGCACGCACUAUCAAGCAGGCCGUAGAGCGUGGCCUGAGGGUGUCGAAAAAUGGACCGAUGUUGGGCUAUAGACAACAACAUCCUGAUGGUAAUCGGCCAUACGUGAUUGAUCGCUCGUAUAACCUUGUAACUGGUCUCAGAAAGCUUGGUGCAAAACCAGGUCAAGAAACCUUCAUCGGUAUCCACGCAAAAAACAGACCUGAAUGGAUUAUCUCCGAAUUAGCCAUAUAUAAUAAUCGAAAUGUUGUUGUAUCAUUGUACGACACACUUGGUGAAGAGGCAAGAUUACACAUCAUCAAUGAGGCUGGCAUCGAGAUUGUGUUCUGUGACAACGAACAGAAAGCUUUAUCUAAAGCAACAAAUUAUCGUUUUCAUUUGAUUGCCUCAAUGUAUGCUGAAGAAAAGUUUGCAGCCUUCAUCAAGUCGAUCUCAUCAACGCCAUCGUUGAAACAUCUCGUUUUGUUUGAGGUGUUCGAUGACGAUUUGAAGCAAUCUGCUGCAUCGCAUUGCGUAUCUGUUCAUUCACUCAACGAACUCAUUGAAAUGGGCAAAGAGUGCGACAAACAAAACUUUGAGGAUUCAAAACCAAGUGAUCUAUGCACUGUAUGCUACACAUCCGGAACCACCGGCAAACCGAAAGGUGUGAUGUUAACGCACGCCAACCUGAUCGCAUGUACAACUAUUUUUGAAACAUGUCCGCUGAUCAGUCUGAAUUCUUCGGAUGUAUUCUUCAGUUAUUUACCAUUAGCACAUAUGUAUGAACGAUUGAUGGAAUGUCAAAUGUUUGCGUUGGGUAUUCCAAUUGGAUAUUAUUCCGGUGAUAUCCUCAAAUUAAAUGAUGAUCUAAAAACACUGCGACCAACCUUAUUGCCGUUAGUACCACGACUGUUAACGAGAAUAUAUGAUAAGGUUAUUGCCGAACUUGAUAAAUCGUUAUUGAAGAAGACUAUUUUCAACUUAUCAUUGGCCUAUAAAUCUUUUGAGUUGCAAAGGGGUAUUGUACGUAAUGAUUCGUUCGUUGAUCGACUGAUAUUGAAACGUCUUCGCGAUGAACUCGGAGGACGGGUUCGUUUUAUGACUAUUGGCUCGGCACCGGUACUUGGUCGUGUGCUUAGCUUUGCAAGAGCUGCGUUUGGAGCGUUACUCGUUGAAGGUUACGGUCAAACAGAAUGCUCGGCUGCAUGUGCACUCGGUCUCGAGGCAGACUUGCAAACAGGUCAUGUCGGUGUACCGUCAAUAUGUUGCGCAAUCAAAUUAGUUGAUGUUCCCGAAUUGGGUUAUUUUGCUUCAAAUAAUGUAGGUGAAAUAUGUAUUCGGGGAUAUAACGUCUUCAAGGGCUACUAUAAAGAUGAAGAGAAGACAAGGGAAACACUAGAUGCUGACGGAUGGUUGCAUUCGGGAGAUAUAGGUGAAUGGAGCAAAAAUGGUACGCUUAAAAUCAUCGAUCGAAAGAAGCAUAUCUUUAAAUUACAGCAGGGCGAGUAUAUUGCUCCAGAGAAGAUUGAAGCAAUAUACAGCAAUUCAAAACUUGUACAGAAUAUUUUCGUUUAUGGUGAGAGCCUGAAGACAUGCCUUGUUGCAAUCGUGGUACCUGACGAAACGGUGUUACGGAGUAUGCUCGGCGUUCAUCAGAUUGGACUGAAGAACAGCAGCUUCCAGGAAAUUUGUUCACAUGAAAAAGUUAAGAAAAUCAUUUUCGAUGAUUUGAUUGAAGUGGGCAAAAAGGCAGGAUUGAAUUCAAUGGAACUGGUUAAAGAUAUUUAUCUAUCAUCGGAGGCAUUCACCGUCGAAAACGAUUUGAUGACACCAACAAUGAAAAGAAAAAGACCGAAUCUGUCAAAAUAUUUCAAUAAACAAUUACAAGAGAUGUACUCCAAACUUGUGUAG